CUGGACUGAAUUGAAUUGUUGAUCACAUUUCAGCCAUGCCGCAUACAGGACAAGCUGGUGUCAACCAAUUGGGUGGAGUUUUUGUGAACGGCCGUCCUCUCCCAGACUGCGUACGUCGCCGGAUCGUGGAUCUGGCCUUGUGCGGCGUGAGGCCUUGUGAUAUAUCCCGCCAGCUUCUGGUGUCCCAUGGUUGCGUAUCUAAAAUCCUGACGCGAUUCUAUGAGACGGGCUCCAUACGACCAGGUUCUAUAGGCGGCAGCAAGACCAAGCAAGUGGCCACGCCCACUGUGGUAAAGAAAAUCAUCCGGCUGAAGGAGGAGAACAGCGGCAUGUUCGCCUGGGAGAUCCGGGAGCAACUGCAGCAGCAGCGUGUCUGUGAUCCCAGUUCGGUGCCCUCAAUCAGUUCCAUCAACCGGAUCCUGCGCAACAGUGGUCUCUGGACGGAUGAGAUGACCUCCAGUCAGCAGAAUGCCGCAGCGGCAGCUGCAGCAGCAGCAACCGCGGCGGCUGCAGCGGCGUCUCAUCAUCAUCAAGCGGCGGCAGCGGGCAGCAACGGUCCAUCCAAUAAUGGCUAUGCCCCACAAGCUCCGCCUCCGCCUGUGACUUUGGCCACUCCAUCCACGCCGGUCGCCACGCCCACCUCGACACGUUAUGCAAAGCCGCCGGCGUUGAUGAUGGGUUCCGGCGCUGGCGCCGGCGCCGGCGAGAUGCCCAUCAAACCCGCUCCGAAAAUGCCCCCAAAUAUGGGACACGGGCAUGGACAUGGUCACAGCCUGAAUCCUAGUGUUUCCGGUCUAGAUCUGAGUUACUCUGCUCUGCACAAGCACUGGCUGUGGAAUCCCUCCCUGCUGUACUACACCCAGGCGCAUAUCCAGGCUCAGGCAGCUGCUUCCGGUGGUCAGUUCCUGCCCUAUGCUGGUGGCUACCUGCCCCAUGCCAUGGCAGCGGCGGCUGCAUCUUCUGCCUCGGGAAGCGGCGGCGGUGGUGGUGGUGGUGGCUUUACCAAGUCGGAGAGCUCCAUCGAUCUCUCGACACCCGGAGCUGCUGGAGAUGCGCUCAGCGAUUGCGAUUCGGGCAAAUCCUCACCAGCAGCUCUCUCGUUGACCGCCUCGGGUGGAGCAAAUGGCGCUAGCUCAGCGCCAGAAGCCUCUCCUGGAUCAACACUGAGUCACAGUCGCAAGCGGAAUCCGUACUCCAUCGAAGAACUGCUCAAGAAGCCGGAGAAGCGUCUACGCUUGGACAGCAGCAACCGGCUGGAGUGCCUGGAGUCGAGUUCUUGCGAAAGCAGCCAGGACAGUCCAGCUCCCCUGCCACUGGAGAUUCCCGAUGAUGAGGACCCAGUCGAGGGAGAGGAACAGGAGCCGGAGGACGAGGAGGAGGAGGAGGAGGAUUGCAGCGUUGAGGUGGUCAACUGA